GAUCAUAAAGUGUUUCCGUUUCAAAAAAAAAAAUCAUAAAAUAUUUAUAGAGUCCAAAUGAAAAGCCCACUCAGUCCCUGAGUUGAAAAGGAUGCAGCCCAAUUUAGUAGUGCGUUUGUUUUGGAUACAAAAUGUCACCGAGUUGAAGCGCUAUACUGAUUGACCAACUAAGCCAGCGGCGGCGUAGGCAAGUGGAGUUGAUAAUAGACUCAUCCUAUACUUUUGCUUUUUUUUUAAUCUCUUGUGGAAACUCCGCGGCGCCAUUGGCUGCCUUUGACAAUGACGGAAUAGCUGGGAUGCAUAACUUGUAACGCAUGCAUUCUCUGUAAAAUGAGAAAUCACUAUCCAUUAACACACCACCUUAAACAUUAUCAAAAAUUUCCCAGCAAAAAAGCUUUCAAUCUCUUCAAAUUAGUGUCGCCAUUCAUUCGGGUACCAAACCCACAUCUUUCAUUUCUUAAACCCACCACUAAAAGUCUCCAAUUAGCCAAUCUCUUACGAUCACUCCCUUACAACAAACCCAUAUCACACUACAACCAAAUCUGUGCCCAAAUUAUUGUCUCUGGUCUUGAAUCUGAUACUUUUUUAACUAAUUUACUUAUCAAUCUGUUUGCGAAGUCUGACUUUUUUUGUCAUGCACGUGAACUAUUUGACAAAAUGCCAGAGAAAAACUUAAUUUCUUGGUCUUCAAUGAUUUCUAUGUAUUCCAGACGUGGUUUUAGUGAAGAAGCUUGGUUGAUGUUUUUGGAUUUCACAAGGUGUUGCAAUGAUAGUCCAAAUGAGUAUAUUUUAGCUAGUGUUAUUCGUGCUACUGGGCAACUUGACAGAGGCUGUGGUUCAGUAGGUAAACUGAUGCAUGGUUUUAUCGUUAAGCUUGGUUUUGAUCGAGACGUUUUUGUGGGUACCUCUUUGGUUGAUUUCUAUGCGGAGAGUGAUGACCUAAUUGAAGCGAGAAUGGUCUUUGAUGGGUUGUUGGAGAAAAGUGCAGUUACUUGGACGACAAUUAUCAGGGGUUAUGUUAGAAGUGGGUGGAGUGAGGUGGCAUUGCAAUUGUUUAACCAAAUGAGAGAAGCUGAUAUUGUUCCGGAUAGAUAUGUACUCUCUAGCGUUUUAAGUGCUUGUUCAACACUUAAGUUUGUUCAAGGCGGCAAGCAAAUUCAUAGUUAUGUGUUGAGGGUGGGAAUACAAAUGGAUGUUUCAUUAGUUAAUGUGCUUAUUAAUUUUUAUGCCAAAAGCGGUAAAAUUCAAAAUGCUAGGAAAUUAUUUGAUCAAAUGGUGGAUAGAGAUGUAAUUUCGUGGACUACAAUGAUUGCUGGGUAUAUGCAGAAUUCUUUUGAUGGGGAAGCUGUCAAGCUAUUUGUUGAGAUGACCAGAUUGGGUAGAAAGCCAGAUGGAUUUGCAUGCACUAGCAUACUCACAUCAUGUGGUUCACUUGAGGAUCUAAUGCUGGGGAAACAAAUCCAUGCCUAUAGUAUCAAGGUUAAUCUUGAGUUUGAUCUUUUUCUGAAAAAUGGUUUGAUUGAUAUGUAUGCAAAAUGUGAUUCCUUGAAUGAUGCAAGAAGAGUUUUUGAUUUUAUGACUAAUCAUAAUGUGGUAUCCUACAAUGCGUUAAUUGAAGGAUACUCAAGAAGUGAGCAACUAUCCGAAGUUAUGAUUCUUUUCCAUGAAAUGAGGCAUAGGACGAUCCUCCCAAGCCUUUUGACAUUUGUUAGUCUUCUCAGUGUAUCAGCAGCGUUAUCAGCCCUGGAAUUAAGCAAGCAAAUUCAUGCACUCACCAUUAAAUUUGGCGUCUGUUUGCAGAUAUUUGCUGGCAGUGCCUUAAUAGAUGCUUAUUCGAAAUGUUUAUGUCUUGUGGAUUCCAGACUUGUAUUUGAUGAGAUGAACGAGAAAGAUAUUGUAGUCUGGAAUGCAAUGUUUUCUGGUUAUACCCAACAAUCAGAAAUUGACGAGGCUCUCAAACUCUACUCUGAACUACAGGUAUCGGAACUAAAGCCCAGUGAUUUCACUUUUGCUACCUUUAUUACUUUAGCCAGUAACCUAGCAAGUCUCCAACUUGGCCAACAAUUCCACAACCAUGCCAUAAAGAUGGGUCUAGAUUGUGAUCCAUAUAUCACAAAUUCCCUUAUAGACAUGUAUGCUAAAUGUGGAAGCUUUGAAGAUGCCCGCAAGGCAUUUGGUUCAGCAAUUUGGAGAGAUGUUGUUUGUUGGAAUUCCCUAAUCUCAACAUAUGCACUUUAUGGAGAAGCAAAAGAAGCUCUUCAGAUGUUUAAAGGUAUGAUAGAAGACGGAAUAAAGCCAAACUAUGUGACAUUUGUGUCUCUGCUUUCAGCUUGUAGUCACGCAGGUCUCGUUGACGAUGCACUUCGUUACUUCAAAUUAAUGCCCAUGUUUGGUGGUGAUCCUGGGAUAGAACAUUAUGCCUGUGUGGUUUCUCUUUUGUGUCGUGCUGGUUUACUAUAUGAAGCAAAGGAGUUUAUUGACAAAAUGCCGAUAAAGCCAACAGCAGCAAUGUGGAGAAGCUUGCUGAGUGCAUGUAGAAUUGCUGGUGACAUUGAAUUGGCAAAAUAUACAGCAGAGAAGGCUAUUUCAGUUGAUCCAAAUGAUAGUGGUUCAUAUACUUUACUCUCGUAUAUGUUUGCAUCUGAAGGAAAGUGGGAGGAUGUGAAGCAGGUGAGGGGAAGAAUGGAUCUUGUUGGGUUAGUGAAAGAACCAGGACAUAGUUGGAUACAAGUGAAUAAUGAAAUCACACAAAGCUAACCUUCCUGAGCUCUUGACCCAUUAUAAACAAUUUCUUCCCUGUAAAACUUGCCCAAAAAAGAAUUUAUAUAUUGAGCUCAUGUGACGUGAUCUGGAGCCCAAUUAAAUGAUUAAAAAAAAAUCCUGGAGAAAGAAGAAAUGAUAAACAGAACGAUCAGACUGAGCCCAAAUCAGAAUGGGCCCAAAGUUGGUCAAACCCAACUCGAAGCUGAUAUGGGCAUACCUUUACCAGAAAAAUCCUCCAUUUUUGUUCUGGUAGCUUCAGCUUUUUCCUCUUCUUCGAACUUCUUCACAGAAACUCGUACUGAACUUUGGUUUAUCACAAAUUUCUUACUUGUUUGAAGCUUCCAAUCUGCAACAAUGGCGACUGUGAUGCAAAAGAUCAAGGAUAUAGAAGAUGAGAUGGCAAGGACUCAAAAGAACAAGGCAACAGCCCAUCAUUUGGGCUUGCUCAAGGUACUUGCUGUUAUUGUUUUCCUUAUUGAGAACUCAGGGAGAGGAAAAAUAAAUAAAUAAAAACACUUGUCAGUGUUGUAUAAUCCUGAAAGUUCAUUGUUCACAUUAGGAUCUGUUACAAUUAUGUGCUGGGAUGUUAAAUCUUUAGAGUAGAAAAAAAGGGCUGUAUCCAGCAAGAUGACAAGUAUUGGGAGCAUUUCAGUCGUGCAACUGAUCUAGGUUUUGGAAAUGAUUGAUUUUCAUACCUAAACUCUAACUGAAAGAUCAGAAAUAAAUUGCAGGGCCUCUUCUCUUCAGCAUGAUUAAUUAAUUCGAUAUGGAAAGUAAUGCUGGUCAAGUGGAAGGGACUCCCAUCCCAUAUGUUAUAUAAUGCGUUUGUUAUCUGUCUCUUUCACAUUGUUUCCUGCAUUUCCAACGGUCGCUCUGAUUGUUUCCUGGAACAGUGAACUGGCUAGCAACACUACUAACUGCAUAUUUUCUGCUAGUGUACAAAUUAAAUUAAUUUCAGACUUUUUUUUUUUUGCUGUAAGAUCUAGAAUGUGUGCUAAUUUAUGUGGUUACUUGGAUUGGAAUCUUGAUGGUUUGCUGGAGAAGAUAUGGGAAUAUCUAGAUUUGUUGCACAUAUUUACAAAACCGAAAGGAACGGAUCCAGACUAUGAAGAUCCUGUGAUUCUAUCAUCUAAAAAGCAGACAGUUGAGGAUUUUUGCAACCGAAUCCAUAAAGAUAUGAUUAAACAAUUUAAGUAGUAAGCAUCUCUUAAACUACUGUUAUUUUUCCAAGUGUAUGUUCAUCAGAAAUCCAAAAACGUUAGUAGUAAGCACCUUUGCGAAUUGCAGAUUUAGCAUGCAUGUGAUCAGUUCUAAGUCUUCAUGUAGUACUUGAAGAAAGUAGAUGUUAACUCACAUAUCAAGCAGUUGGGUUUCAAGGAUAUCUUUAGCAGUGUCAUUUAGCUUAUGCAGAUAGCAUGUUCCUGAGAGGGUUACAUUUCUUAUUCUGUUCAUCAUGCUGGCUUGCAUAUUAUCUGCACAACUUCAUCUUUUUAGGUGUCAUAUUAGCAUUAUGAGCCGUCUUGAAUAACUUUUGGCAUAUGAUACACUGCUCUGUUAUGGGGAUCAAGCGUGAAUCACAAGCCCCAGAGAGUUGGCAAGGAUCAUGAACUUGAGGAUGAUAAAUUUCACUCGAAUUCUCAAGAGUUUGUCGAAUUCUCAACACUACGAAAGCAAAUACCGAAUACCGCAUUCCUGAGAGAUUACUAAAAUUUUCACGUUACCAAAUAGAGUGGAAGAAAAGCCUCUCACUUGGAACAUGAGACAGCUUGAUAUGUAAUUAAACCUACUUUCUGAUCAAGCACUUCUUUGAUGAUUUAAACGUCUGUUUGUCAUGAUGUGCAUCUUACUUGUAUAAUAAGAUGGAAAACUAACCAGAAUAUCCGAUCUAUGGCUGUUUGUCAUGAUUAUUUAAAUGUCUGUUUGGCUUCAGUUUCAAUCAGAGAAUAUCCUCUUGUUUUUUUCUUU